AUGCCUCCGCGGAUUGCCUUCUGCUCCUCGUCCUUCCGCUCCGGUUCCGUUCCCUCUCUCAUCGCAUUGGUACCGCGUCCACAACCGUCCACAGUAUUGCCCCGAUCACUGCUCGUGCGCACGAAUGUCACAGUUGGCACCAGCGCGGAAGGCGGCGUAAUCAACAUCCAACAGAUCCCCGCUCCAGGAUCUGGUCACGUUAGGGUCCUGCUACUAAACAGACCAGAGGCCCGGAACGCGAUCUCGAGAGAACUGCUGGACACCUUAGGGCGACACGUGGACGCGAUUGCAGCGGAAAAGGGCAAUGGACCGACGAGGGCGCUGGUGCUAGCAAGUAAUGUGGACUCAGCGUUUUGUGCGGGUGCAGAUCUGAAGGAGAGGAAGGGGAUGACAAAAGAAGAAACGAACGCGUUUCUGACGAAACUUCGACGGACUUUUUCCAAUCUAGAAGCCCUUCCGAUACCUACCAUCUCCGCGGUCUCGUCGAUGGCGCUAGGAGGUGGCCUUGAGCUCGCCUUGUGCACGCAUCUGCGUGUCUUUGGAUCUACAAGCAUCGUAGGCCUGCCCGAGACGAGGCUGGCCAUCAUCCCCGGCGCUGGCGGGACUUACCGGUUGCCUCGAGUGGUCGGAGUGAACCGUGCCAGAGACUUGAUCCUCACAGGGCGAAGGGUCACGGGCGCCGAGUCAUACUUUAUCGGGCUCUGUGACCGACUCGUCGAGGUGACGCCAGAGGAGGAGGCCCAGGAAGGCGUUGUGAGAGACAAGGUGCUCCGCGAGAGCAUUAAGCUUGCCCUGGACAUUUGCGAGGGAGGUCCUAUCGCCAUCAAACAGGCACUGCAGGCAGUGAACCAGUUUGAGAGAGGCGAAGAGGCGGAAAAUGAGGCGUAUGUGGGCGUGGUGGACACCGAGGAUCGCUUUGAGGCUCUGCGGGCCUUUGCGGAGAAGAGGAAACCAGUGUUUCGAGGCAAAUGA